AUGCUUGAUUUCGCUACAAGUCCUGUGCUGGAGAAUACGACAGAAUCAAGCGAAAUGAAGUAUUUCAAUGUUCUCGUUUUGUUGGUAUUCAUGCUUAAUGUAUAUGUUGAUGGCUCACCUAUGGAUAAGCAAAAGAAGGUUAAGCCCGAUACGGCCGAUUAUGUUACUGUUCCGUCUGAUCAAAUUGCAAAUCAUAAAAGCAGCGAAAAACUUUUAGCUUCAGCUUCAAUGAGAGAUGUAACGUUUCACAGUGAUGAAAGCGCAAGAAUGCAUCGUUUUCAUCCUGGACAACUUUAUCAUUCAUACAAAAUCAAAAGGGCAAAUAAAAAUUUGAAUAGUCAUCUUUCAAAUUUGAAAGAAAUUGAUUCUGCACAAGCGAUUGGUUCUUUGAAAGUGGCGAUUAACCCAAAGAAGAAGAAUAGUGUCUAUAUGGCGGUUCCAGAUAAAGCAAAUGAAGAGAGCAAUCAUUCAUCAUGA